ACCAUUACACAUCUACAAAUACAAGGGGGAGCCAGAAACGGAGGUUGACGAUCAACGGCAACAGCAGCAGCAGCGGCGGAGCAGAAAAUGGUGUCGCUCAUGAGACUGUUGAGGUACGGAGUUGGGGGCACAGUGGUAGCGGCCCUAGCGGGGAUGGCGCUGCUCGUCGCCUUCCAGGAGAAUCUCGUUUACGUACCUCUCACCAAGUCCUACGAGAUAACGCCCGCCCACCUCCGCCUCACCUACGAGGAUGUUUGGCUCCGAUCCUCUGAUGGGGUUAACCUCCAUGCCUGGUUCAUCAAGCUCUCGCCCGACUGCCGAGGUCCAACCAUCUUAUAUUUCCAAGAGAAUGCUGGAAAUAUUGCUGACCGUCUUGGAACGGUUCGCAUAAUGUUGCUGAGGUUGCAGUGCAAUGUCUUCAUGCUUUCAUAUCGAGGCUAUGGAGCAAGUGACGGUUAUCCUUCUCAGCAUGGAAUUACCAAGGAUGCCCAGGCUGCAUUGGAUCAUCUCUCUCAGCGAACUGACAUUGACACAUCUAGAAUAGUUGUGUUUGGAAGGUCACUUGGGGGUGCUGUUGGGUCUGUGCUGACCAAAAACAAUCCCGAUAAGGUGGCAGCAUUGAUUCUAGAAAACACUUUCACGUCUAUUCUGGACAUGGCUGGAGUUCUGAUGCCUUUCCUGAAGUGGUUUAUUGGAGGCCCUGGGUCGAAAGGUCCUAAAAUUCUGAAUUUUCUUGUUCGCUCUCCAUGGAGUACCAUUGCCAUUGUUGGCCAGAUUGAGCAGCCAAUUCUUUUUCUGUCUGGAUUACAAGACGAGAUGGUUCCCCCAUCACACAUGCAAAUGCUGUAUGCAAAAGCAGCUGUACGUAACAGGCAGUGUGACUUUGUAGAAUUCCCUACCGGCACGCACAUGGACACCUGGGAAACUGGUGGGGAUCAUUACUGGAAGACAAUCCUGCAGUUCCUAGAACAACACGCGCCCGAGAACAAGGAAAAUGAAUCAUCCCAGUCUCAAAAUGAAAACAGUAAUAUUCUUUUUUCCUAACAAAAUAUUCACUAAACGUUUGAUGCUCAUGCCCAUCUACUUCACUUAUUGAUGCCCAUCUAAUAUUUCUUUCAGAUUUCAAGGGAAGGUAACUGCUGGCAAUUUAAGCAUUUCAUAUAUCAUUUAACUUACAUUAGGAGCUCAAGCCUUGUACCCGAUUUUGAUGAUGCAGCUGUACCAAGAGCUCUUUAUGACUUGCUGUCUGCUUUUCCGAUCAUUUCACCAUGAGAAAAAGCUUUCAUUGGCAUGCAAAUAUAAGCCUGCCAUAACUUAAAACAGAAUUCUAGUUCCGCUCUGGUAUACCGUAUGACGUAGACAGAAGCAGGCUUGAAUCCAUAUCUGAUUUAUCAUGACCAGUUCUUGUUGUAUGAAAUAAUCAUGUCUCUUAAAAUUUCAGAGGUACAACUUCUGCUUCAUCCCGAACCAACUUUGUACUUCAAUUUAAUUCACAAUGGUUUGCAACUUUUCCUUUUAUAUGUUCUUUUCUUCCCUACGCAUGUGGUGAACUGCAUUAUAGCAUUCUCA